AGUUGAGGAGGAGCACAGAGAUCUGUUGGAUGGCGCAUGCCAUCGCUGAAAGGCGAGAGGUAUGGAGGACACUUGGCUGAAGGGAGUAGAUAUCAGUUUGAACAAGCAGACGGCUGGAGAAUGAGCUAGCUUUCCCUGGUUCUAUCCUCUCUUCCUUCAAGGAAGAUCUUCGCAUCAAGCACUGAUGUUCCGCCUGGCUGUACCGAGGAGGGUGGUGAUGUACUUUCUCUUGCUUUUGGUUGUGUUGGAGAUGUGUCAAGAUGCGACAGCGUUCUUGCCCCUCUACCAUCCUCUUCGCCCUCUCCGAAACUUCUUCCCUACUUCUCCUCCUCUUCUCUUUCCCCCUCCUACUCAGCGGGUUGCGAUCAGCCCUCGCAUGCCAACACUGGAGGCCCCAGCCAUCCGGUGGGUUGUGAUGAGCCAGAGCGAGAACGAGCGGGAGGGAGGGGGAGAGAAGGCUUCUGAGAAGAAGAAGCGGUCCAACUUUCACCCUCAGCAGCAGAAAUGGUCCAACGACCCUUCCUCUGCGAUGCGCACGCAAGCGAGCAGGGGAAGGGGGUCGGGGCUGAGGAGCACGAACCAGCAGGUGAACGAGAAGAGCAGCUGGAGGAGGAGAGGGAACAUGGCGCAGGAGGGUGCAUCGCCCUACCAGAGGCGAGGGAACAGCACGUGGGAUCGAGGGAACAGGGGGAGCAAGAACAACAAGAUGAUGCCGCAGAUCCGCCUGAACGCACGGCUGACUCAGUGCGUGAGGGCGGAGCAGGUGCUGGGGAACGUGUCGGAGGCGGUGGAGGGAGGAGUAGCUCUCAACUCGGUUAACAUUGCCACUGCCAUCCAUCGUGUCGCCAAGACGGGCAACGAGCGCAUCUUCAGGCAGCUCUCCAACUCUGAGCCCUACGGUGUGCUGGUGCGGCUGCUGGGGGAGAAGCUCGCGGAGGAGAUCGUCAACGGCUCGUCGGAGUCUGACAUGACCUCUCGAGAGCUCGCAAACUCCGCGUGGGGGCUAGCGAAGGCUCAGUUUGCUGACUUGAAGACGUUCCAGCUGCUGCACAGGGGCAGCGUCGCCAAGGGGCUUGAAAGCUUCAAGGCGCAGGAGCUGAGCAACCUGGCCUGGUCGUUUGCCACGAUCUGGAACCUGUGCUCGCAGGAGGAGAGGCUCAGGUACGAGAGCACAGUCAAGCUUUUCUUCGUCGACAUCGAGAAGGAGCUGAUGAGCAGAGCUCGACCAAUCUUCGAGCGCUUCUCCGAGUGGGACCAGGCUAAUGCUGCAGCUGCUGCUGCUGCCGCCAGCAGUCAGCUCGUGAAGGGGAGCGCGGGCCAGAAGACGAGAAGUGACUCGACGGGGCAGGAGGAGGAGCAGGUGCCAGGCCUGCAGGAGUUUAAGCCGCAGGAAGUGAGCAACAUCCUGUGGAGCUACGCGACGGUUGGCUUCUCCUCCCCCACCGUCUUCAAGCUCCUCGCCUUCGAGAUCCUCCGGCGAGGGCUGCGAGAGUUUGUGCCCCAGGACGUGGCAAACUCUGUGUGGGCGUACGUGACGGUCGGGCAGAGCACCAAGGAGCUGCUGCAUGUGGUGGAGUCAGACGCGGAGAGGAGGGGAUUGUCGGCCUUCAAGAACCAGGAGCUCGCAAACUUGAUCUGGGCGUUCGCAAAGGCAGACUAUCCGAUGGACCUGCUGCUGCGGCUGGUAGAGCAAGACAUCGCCUCGCGGGACCUGUCGCUCUUCAUGCCGCAGGAGCUCAGCAACCUCGUGUGGGCGUUCGCGACGGCAGGGCAUCGCUCGGAGCACCUCUUCCUCAAGAUCGCGUCGGAGAUCUCCUCGCGCGGCCUCGCCGACUUCAAACCGCAGGAGAUCGCAAACACGGCCUGGGCCUACGCCAAGAUUGGAGUGCAGGACGAGAAGCUUUUCCACAGGAUCGAGAUGGAGCUUAUCCUCCACCGCUCCCUUCGCCCCUUCAUCCCCCAGGAGCUCUCCAACAUCCUCUGGUCCUUCGCCAAGUUCAACAUCGCCUCAGACAAGCUCUUCCAGGUUAUCGGGCAGGAGAUGCUCGUGCGUGGCCUGCAGGGCUUCAAACCGCAGGAGCUCAGCAACACGGUGUGGGCGCACGCGAGCAACGGCCUUACCUUCCCCUUCCUCUUCGGCGAGGUCGAGCGAGAGGCCGUUCGCCGGGGCCUGCGUCUCUUCUCCCCGCAGGACAUCUCCAACAUGCUGUGGGCGUUCGCCAAGGCAGACCACGUGGCUCCUUCCCUGUACGAGCAGCUGAGAGCGAACCUUGAGGAGCUGCGGGUGGCUGACCCCGGUCUCACCAUGUUCAAAGCUCAGGAACUCUCGAACCUCCUGUGGGCAGCCGCCAAGACGCAGCACACAGCUCGAUGUCUUUUCAGUGCAGCAGAGGAGCAGGUGAAGCAGAUCCUCAAGUACGCGGAGAGCAGAGAGGAGAGGGAUGAGACUUGCGCUGUUGUCCCUCUUGAGGUCACCGACGACAUGUGGAGGUUUGCCAGCGUCGGGCAGACGGCAGAAGAACUCUUCGCGACCCUGGAGGAGCAGGUGCUCACUAGAGAUCUCAUGACAUUUACCACCUUGCACCUCGCCAACAUCGCAUGGGCGAUCGUUUUUCUCAGAUUCUCGAGAUUCAACCGGUUCUCAGAGUCUGGUAACAGACUCCUGCAAGCUCUUAUGAAAGCGUCGGAAGCUCGUCUGGAGGAGUUCUCCAUCGAGGAGCUUCGGCAACUUGGGCAGGUCAUCCUGGCGACGUUCAACCACGACGAGCGAAGGACAGGCUUCUCCCUCCGGGUCCUAGAGGCUCUCAAGAACCUUCACGCCAACAUCGAGACUCCCGUCUCCUCUGACUUUCACCUUCAAGUCUCUGAGACGUUCAAGCGCCUUAACGUGCCGAUCUUCAACGAGGUUAAGUUCUGGGAGGGAGUCUACCACAUCGACAUUGUCGUGGGUGAGGCUACUUUCACGGGAGGGGUACCAUGUACUCUCCAUCCCCUACUUUCGCUGGGCCCGCCUGCAGACAUGGGAGGAGAGGAUAGAGUAUAUCAGAGGGAGACUGAACGAGGCUGGCUGGAACCUCGAGCAGAACCGAUUGUUGCAGUAGGAGAGCAGUUGUGAUGUAUGCUAGACCACAAACAUGUACAGCCAC